UAUUUCUUGUUUAUUUGUAGAUGGAGAUGAACUUUUGAUGUGCCUUCUUCUUUCCAAUUCUUACAAAAUAAACAUGAAAGACGAAAACUGGAUGACCAAAUAUAAUUCUGUUGCCAAAAGUUUUCGUUUGAAGGAAAUCUCAAAGCGAUUUGGUCAUGAAGAUUUAGAAAAAUACGAACCAAUCAUGAAACUCAAUGAAUCGGAGAUCAGUUAUUCCAAUGAGCUCUUCAAAAAUAUCAGUUUCCUGAAAUUCUCAAAGAAGUCUGGCUUCACUGAAAUUUUCUUGACUGGGGCAGAAAAAGAAAACGUAGCUGAGUACUGUAGAUCGUGGAAUUAUCGGAGAAGAGAAGACGAGGUUUGCUGUUGGUUACUACCAGAUAAAAAUGAGGCAUUUUUAAAAUGUCUUGGAGAAGAUAUUUUCACGCACCCAACAAUGGAGGACCAGUCAUUCCAUGAAGUUGUAUUUAAGAAAGUUGGAAUACCAAUGCAGAUCAUCUUAAGGGGAGAUAAAUCUGUGAAGAAUUUCAUUGAGAAUUUAAAGAAAGGGAAGACAACCAUGUACCAUGCCUCUGGUAUGAUAAUAGGGUGUGCUGGUAGUGGUAAAACAACAUUGUUAGAGAGACUGAAGGGCAUUGAUCUGGAAGAAAUAAAGAAAAAUAUCAGUUCAACCAGAGGUGUUGAUAUCCACACAGAUGUCUUUGAUGUGAAGGAUAGCAUCCAAGCAAAUUCUUCAAGCCAACAACAACGCUUUAAACUUAAACUUGAUAAAAAAGAUAUGCCACUGAGUGUUCCUGAACCUCAUUCGGAAAAUGCAGCUGAUGAUGCAAAAACGCAGGGGAAAAUGGAACCAGUUGAUGAUGAGGGCCAUGCGAUUAAAGUAUCAAACAGUGGACAGAUAUCACAAGAUGAUACCGACAUUAAAUCCACCUCAUCCUAUCCACCGCAAGGUGCCAUAUCAGCUUCAAAUUUAGUAGAAGUUACGAAGGAAAAUAGAGAUAUUCUUGGACCAAAUAAUCCAGGAAUUUCAGGAAAUUUGCAGAUUGAUGCAAAAAACAUUUCAGAUAAGAAAAUUACAAUGACUGACUUUGCAGGACAGUGUUCAUAUUAUGCCUCACACCAGAUUUUUCUGAGUCCCCGGGCAUUCUUCAUUCUUGUGCUGAAUAUGGAGAAGAAGUUCGAUGAUAAGGUUGGAGAAGAAGUGUGUUGUCAGGGAGGCUCCAUUUAUGAAAGGUGGACACACAGAGAUUAUAUUGAAUUCUGGAUGAAAUCCAUUCACCAAUACAGCAAUGAUAAGGCUCCUGUUCUGCUCAUUGGUACACAUAGUGAGAACAAAACAGAAGAGGAGAUUAUGAGUUUUUUCCAUGAAAUAUGGGCUACUCUUGAAAUGCAGGACAAGACCUUGCACAGACAUCUCCAUGAGGAUAGACAGUUUGCAGUUGGAUUCCAUGACAAAGAAAGCAUUGAGAACAUUAAGCUCUCUAUCGUUAAAGUUGUGCAAAAUCUAAAUCACUGGGGAGAAAAACUUCCACUCUCAUGGGUCAUGUUUGAAAAAUUCUUCCAGGAAAAGAAAUCCCAGAGGAUAAUGAAUAAAGAAAUGCUGCUGGCUUUCAAUGAUGCAUUGCCAACAGGUAUAAAGCUCGAAACGGUUGAUGACAUUAAUUUUAUGCUGCAGUUUUUCCAUGACAUCAGAGAAAUUUUAUACUACAACCAAGAACGACUUGAUGUUGUAAUCAUUCUUGAUGUGCAGUGGUUUGCAAAGAACUAUAUGCGGUUUGCAUCGGACUGGAAAAAAUUUGAUCAAACUGGAGAAUUAAAUGACACUUUGCUUACAGCUAUAUGGGAAAUGAAGGGAAUAGAUUUCAGUGAACACAAAACAAAUGCCUUGCUCUACAUGGAGAAGCUAGGAUUAUUAGCAAAAUUGGAUGACAACAAAUGCAACAUGUUCGCAAAUUCCCUGGGAAAUUGUGACAGAGAGAGAUAG